AUGGACGAGGAUGAUUUAUAUGACGAAUUUGGUAAUCUCAUCAACGAGCCUGUAGAUUCAGAAGCAUCUUCAGCAAGUGAUAGCGAAGAGGAAGUUCUAGGCCAGACAAAUGGCAAACAUCCCAAAUCCGGCAGCGAUGAUUCUGAAAACGAUGAUGCCAUGGAAGAAGUGGAGUCUUCCACCGUGGCUCUCUACGAGGACAAGCAGUUCUACCCAUCCAUGAGCGAGACUUUUGGACCAGAUGUUGAGACCAUAAUAGCAACCUCUGAUGAACAAGACAUAAACGUGCCGAUUGUGGCACCUAUUGAAGAGAAGGUGUUCAAGAUUGAGGAGAAAGAACUGCCAACCACCACCUACUCGAAAGAGUACAUGGUCAACAUAUCGAAUAUCCCAUCAAGAGUACGCAACAUAGUUCUUGCAGGAAACCUCCAUACGGGCAAGACAUCAUUGGUCGAUGCUCUGAUAGCAGAAACUCAUGAUUUGAAAUUGAGCAAGAGCUUGAAAACGUUCAAGCCGCCUCGUUACACAGACAAUCAUAUCCUCGAAGUUGAAAGAGGAUGCUCUGUCAAGAUGACCCCUGUUACUCUCCUACUAGAAGAUCUUUCUGACGCUUCUAUGGUUGUGAACAUUAUGGAUGCGCCUGGUCAUGUCAACUUUAGCGAUGAGUUGGCUGUUGCUGCUAGACUGGCAGAUUCUGUGGUUUUAGUUAUAGACGUGGUGGAGGGCCUUCAACGAGGCGAGGAGAUUGCAAUUGAACAUGCCUUGCAACACAAACUGCCCAUAUUAUUGGUCAUCAACAAGAUUGAUAGACUUGUGCUGGAGCUGAGAAUUCCUCCGGCAGAUGCCUAUCUCAAAAUUCGUCACACGAUUGACGAGGUUAAUGAACACAUUCAAAAGUCGGGCUUUUUGAGCUCUUAUCCUCACAACGCUCUCAUAUCUCCUUCAUUAGGAAAUGUGUGCUUUGCAUCAUCCACACUACAAUUUUGUUUCAGUUUGAGGAGUUUUGCUAAGCUCUACAAUGAGAGACUGGGGGUUCAAGUGGAUACAGAUGCCUUUGCCAAACGGCUGUGGGGUGAUGUCUAUUAUGAAGCAACCACUAGGAGAUUCACAAAGAAACCUGCCAACACUGGAUCCUUGGAGAGAAGUUUUGUGAGCUUCAUAUUGAAACCACUCUACAAGGUCAUAACCAUCUCUCUCUCUAAGGACCCAAAGGAGCUCAACAGGUUUUUGAAAAAGUCGCUUAAUAUCAACUCUAUUCCUAAGGCUACUUUGGAGUUAGAUCCCCAGAUAUUCCUGAAAGAUAUCUGUGGUGCUUUUUUUGGAAGAUUUUCAGCAGCACUAGUUGAUAUGAUCGAGAAGCAUGCUCCAUCACCAGAGGAAGCUGCUUCGUACAAGUUAUCGGAUACUUACACGGGUCCUGAGUCUGGAAUUGUAUCCCGGAAUGUUCUCAAAUGUGAUCCAGAGGGACCGCUGAUUGCGUAUGUUGCAAAGCUUGUUGACACAAGUGAUGCGGAGAGAUUCUAUGCUGUUGUAAGAGUGUUAUCAGGGACUUUGAAGGCGAACUCGCAGAUUGUGUUAUUGGGGGAGACCUAUACCGAUGAUUUUGACGAGGAUCUCAAGGACCAAGAUGCGAAGAAAACGUUUUACAAUGUUGGUAGAUACAAAAUUCCAGUUGCUGGAAUUCCUGCUGGUUCCAUUGGUCUCGUUUCUGGACGCGAUAUAGACUCGUUCAUCACUAAGACUGCCACCAUCUACGACAUGGAUGGCAUAAUGUCGGAUGAAGAGCCCAUUUUCAUCUUUAAACCACUCAACUACAUAUUCAAGCCAGUGCUGAAAGUUGCCAUUCAGCCUGUGAAUCCAUCAGACCUUCCAAAGUUCACUGCUGGACUGAAAAAGAUCAACCGGUCAUAUGUUGGAUGUGAAGUGCGUGUGGAGGAAAGCGGUGAGCACGUUGUUCUUGGAUCCGGUGAGCUAUACAUGGAUUGCCUUCUUCAUGAUCUCAGGAAGCUGUACACCGAUAUUGAAAUCAAAGUGAGCGACCCAAUGACCAAGCUUGCAGAAACAUGUGUUGAGUCAUCUUUUGUCAAGAUCACGGUGGAUUCCAGUAACAAAAAGAACAAAAUGUCGAUUAUUGCAGAGCCCUUGGAUCCAAAAAUUGGUGAAGACAUUGAAAAUGGCAAAAUUUCUCAGUCCCAACCUACAAGGGAGAUCUCCAAGUUUUUCAGAAACGAGUACGGUUGGGAUUCCCUUGCAGCGAGGUCUAUUUGGGCGUUUGGUUCUGACGAGAAUGGCUCAACCAUACUGCUUGAUGACACUUUACCCGACGAAGUUGAUAAAAAGAGACUGAAUCAGGUGAAGGAUUUCAUUAUCCAAGGCUUCAAAUGGGCCACCAGGGAGGGACCUUUAUGUGACGAGCCCAUUCGUUACGUUGCGUUUAAGAUAAUGAGCAUAGAUCUCUCUCCAAACUCAAUUGAGUCCAAUGGAGCCCAGAUCAUUCAGAUGACCAGAAACGCAUGCUAUGCAGCAUUGAUGACUAGUUCUCCGAAGCUCCUGGAACCGGUCUAUCAGGUAGACAUAACUUGCACCACUACUGUGGCCGAAAAGCUUUCAGGAUUUUUGGACAAAAGACGUGGGUCGAUCGUGAGAGAUUACCCAAUAGGUGGUACGCCAUUGUACAAAGUUAUAGGUUACGUUCCAGUGAUAGACUCUGUUGGUCUGGAGACGGAUAUCAGACUCCUAACUCAAGGACAGGCUAUGUGUCUCUUCACCUUUGAAAAAUGGCAAUUGGUCCCAGGAAAUCCUUUGGAUAGGGACGCUUUUAUACCGGUGUUGAAACGUGCGCCAGUGCAAUCGUUGGCCAGAGACUUCACCACCAAAACGAGAAAGAGGAAGGGAAUUGACGGCGAACCAAGCCUGGAGAAAUACAUAGACGAGGAACUCAUCAUCAAGCUGAAGGAAAGUGGUAUUAUCGAUGGAUGA